CACACACACACACACACAUGCACACACACAGUCUCUGUUACACACCAAGCUGCUGAGGAUCAACCGCUAAUCCGCGAAUUCUCUCCUUCUGCUUCAGGAUUAUUUCCCGAUUAUUGACCAGAAAACUGCGGAACCGCUCGGUGUUAAACAUCUGUACUGAGCCAUGGAGAAGGUCUUCAUCGUGCUCAGCGUAACCCUCCUCACCGCAGGUACUCAGGGUCAGACGCAGAGCUCGGACAUGCAGGAGCUGGCUGGCCGGAACACGGACUUCGCCACUGCACUGUACCGCAAGAUCGCUAGCACGAGCGAUGAUAACUUUGCCUUCUCGCCUUUAGCAGCCUCACUGAGCCUGGCGUCUCUGGCAGCAGGAGCCGAAGAGAACACGAGAAAGGAACUGCUUCAAACGUUAAACCUGGCUCCUAUGGAUAAAGAAGGAGAACCGGAGAGGAUCCCGGCAUUGCUGCAGCAGAUGAAGGAAGCUGUGGGUCAGAUUGUAGUGACGGGUCUGUUCAUCAACAGGCAGGUCCAGGUCGAGUCCAGCUUCAGCAGCCUGGUGAAGAAGUUCUACAAUGCAGAUGUGAAAAAUGUGGAUUUCUCCAACACACAGGCCACUAAAGCCAGCAUCAGUGAGUACAUCACAAGCAACACGGGGAACAAGAUCAGGGAGCUGCUGGACACCGUGGAUCCUCAAAGCCAGCUCCUGCUCAUCAGUGCUGCGUAUUUUACAGGCCAUUGGAAGCUCCCUUUCAACUCCAGCUUCACUCAGGAGGAACGCUUCUACAUUGAUAAGUAUCACAUCGUCCAGGUGCCGAUGAUGGUCCGCUCUGAUAGGUACUACCUGGCGUAUGACCCGUCUCUGAAGGUGGGCAUUUUGAAGCUGCCGUGUACUGAUGGGACUGCCAUGUUGGUCCUCCUACCAGAUGAAGACGUAGACUACACAGCUGUGGAUGAAGCCCUGACUGCUGAAGUCUUCCUCGGAUGGGUAGCAAAGCUUAAGAAGACGAAGCUAGAGGUCCAGAUACCCAGGUUCUCCGUGGAGUACUCCUUCUCCCUGAAGAAAAGCCUCCUCGGUCUGGGCUUCAACAAAUUCCAGAAUAGUACAGAUCUGCAAUACCUCAGCAAAUCAUCUGAGCUGAAACUGUCUGAGGCACUGCAGAAGGUCCUGGUGGAAGUGGAUGAGCAAGAAGGCUUGGAUGCUCCGUCCUCCAGCAGCAUCUUCAUGCAGACUCUUCCUCCGAGACUCACCUUCAAUCGGCCUUUCCUGUUCCUCGUCUAUCACGAGGCCACUAAAAGCCUGCUACAAAUGGGCCGUGUCAUCGACCCCACUAAGAAGUAGUCAUGUUCGCGUUCGCGCUUCCGCUAAAACAUGUUUAGCGAAAGCUUUUUACUGUGCACUGAUUAGCAUUCCUGGGAACUGCAUUGUACCAAAGUUUACGUCUGUAUGUAACGGAAUACCAUAAAUAGUUAUCAACAUGCAGUGAUUAAUCGAUAUGAAUAGAAAUACUUACUCGUCAAGUUAUAAACUGUAUAUUUAUAAUUCCCCUGGAUUAAAGUCUUUAUGACUGUGUUCCUGGA